AUGGCCUCCAGAGAUGCAGACCGAAGUCGGGCUUACAUCGCUCGGAAGAAAUUGGAGGUAAAGUUUCCUAAACCUAAUUCACGGGUGAAGAACAGACCUCCGGAGCAAAUCCCCCGAAAAGCUAGGGAAUAUCAAGAGGCCAAAAUCAGAUCACCGAAAAUCACUGACGACCCAACAGCUCUAGCUGAUUACCGCCUUCGCAAGCGGAAGGAAUUUGAGACCUUAAUUAGCCGUGCCAGCAGGAACAAGAGUGUGUGGGUGAAAUAUGCUGAAUGGGAAGAAUCACAAAAGGACUUGAAGCGAGCUCGUUCUAUCUGGGAACGUGCACUUGCAGUCGAUGCACUUCACCAUGACCAUACCAUCUGGUUGAAGUAUAUCGAUAUGGAGAUGAAAAAUAAGUUUGUUAAUCAUGCUCGUAACGUAUGGGAUCGAGCUGUUACUCUUUUGCCUAAAGUUGAUCAGCUGUGGUACAAGUAUAUUCAUAUGGAAGAAAUGCUCGGCAAUGUGGCCGGUGCGAGAUAUAUUUUUUGGAGGUGGAUGACGUGGAUGCCGGACCAGCACGGGUGGUUGUCUUACAUUAAGUUUGAGUUAAGGUAUAAUGAAAUAGAUAAGGCAAGAGCAAUUUUCAAGAGAUUCGUGCAGUGUCAUCCAAAAGUUAGUGCUUGGAUUAGGUUCGCGAAAUUUGAGAUGGAGAAUGGGGAGAUAGAGAGGGCAAGGAAUUGUUAUGAGAGAGCUGUGGAAAAGUUGGCUGAUGAUGAGGACGCUAAGCAGUUGCUUGUGGUAUUUCCGGAGUUUGAGGACAAAUUUAAAAAGACGGACAGGCCAAGGAAGUAUGAAAAGAAGAAAGUGAUUUUGAAAUUGGAGUAUUUCGACGAGAAAAUCAAGCAGAAGGCCAUGAUAAAUGUUUCUAGUCUUGAAGGGGUAGAAUCAAUUUCAAUAGACUCAAAGGAGAAGAAAUUAACAAUAACAGGAAACAUAGAUCCAGUUUCACUAGUUUUCAAAUUGAGGAAGCUCUGUUACACUGAUAUCCUCUCUGUUGGACCAGCAAAAGAGCCAGAGAAAAAGAAAGACGAAGGCAGUCAAAAAGAUGAAAGGGGUAAAAAGGAAGAAGGCAAAAAAGACGACGCUAAAAAGGGAGGAAGAGAUAAGAAGAAGAAAGACGGAAAAGAUGAAGCUCAAGCUUAUCCCGCACCUAUGUUUUAUCACUAUCAGCAACCUUAUCAACCCACUGUUACUGCUUAUUAUAACUAUCCAAGUAUCGAAGAGGAUCCAAAUUAUUGUGUUAUCUUCUAAAUGGAUUUAAUUAAUACCCUGUUAAUAUUAUAUACAUAUUUCUGUGAGUUUAAUUUUUAGAGAUAGUAGGGAAAUAAGGAAACAUAUUUUGAUUUUGUUGAUGCAUAUAUUGGAAAGUUGGUUUCAUAUAUGUGUAAUUC